UUCACUACCGACGGGACUGGUUUCGGAAAACGUCGGUCAUCCACUCGUAUCUGUAUCACCGUUCGGAGAUAUUCGUCUUUAGUUGCUUCAUUCCACCAUGAAGUUAUUCGCGAUCGUGUUUCUAACGGCAGCCGUCGUCCUAACGACAGGGCAGAGCAUCGAGGAUUGCCUGAAGAGCGACAGCAUAUCCUGCGUGCAGAAGAGCCUCUACAGAAAAGCGAAGGAGUUCUUCGACAAGGACAACUUGGAACUGUUCAGUGGUGUUAGUCUGGUGAAGAACGGAGACGAACAAGCGAGAAGCUCCAGAACUGGCAAGGAAUUGGUUCACGAUCAGGAGAUCGACGCUGCUAAUAACGUGGCCGACAGACAGAGCGCUCUUGAGAAUUUCGUGACUGAGGAAGCCGGUGAAUUCUUAAGUGGACGUAGUCUCAGGAUCAAUCUCGCGCCUACUUUCGAGAAGAUCGGGCAAUCGGCUCGCGCCUUCAGCGACUCGGCACCCGAAGAGGUGCGUCAAGCGGUCAACGAAAUCGUCGAAGGUCGAGGUAAGAAGAAGAUCCUGAAAUCGAUCCUGCCUCUUCUGAUCGCCGCGAAAGUGAAGAUCGGAGCGUUGGCCACCCUCGCGUACUUCGCGAUCGCUCUUAUAGCGAAGAAAGCGAUCUUCGCAUCCCUUAUAUCCCUCGCCAUUUCCGCUUUCAUCGGGCUGAAGUCUCUGUGGUCGAAGAACUCUUACCACGAAAUGACUCCUUACAACGGAUGGAACGGAGCCGGAGCUAGCGGGGGUUGGUCCGCUCCAGUUGCGAGCGGAGGAUGGUCGUCCGGCGCCUCGUGGGACGAUGGGCAUGGUUACGCGCAGAAUCAAGCGUACUCCGGCUACCAUCAUUAACGUUUUUCUUAGUAUCUCAACCAUCUUCCUCUUCUCUCUUCAUACUCUCCUUACCUCCUUUCCUAUCCUUCUCACUUCUUCCUCUUCGUUUCUCAUCGAUCCACGAGGACACGAUAGAAUCGGGACGAUUCCUUCGACUGUAUUUAUUGUUUAUUUAUCCUCUGUUUAAUAAUAAGCGGACCAGGGACCAUCCGGUCCCGUGUAAAUAAUACGUAUCAUAAUUAUUCGUUAUGCGUGUAGAAUGAAAACGAAUAGAGGCUAGUCGCGGCGCUUUAGCUCGAUGAAUCCGAGCUUAACGAAUUUUGUAAGCGCGGCUGCGAAGCGCAAUCACACGACCACAGUUUAAUCUCUUAACGAAUACCACGAAGCUGAACACCAUCUAGUCCAGUACGAUUUAGAUGAACUCUGUUCUCAAGUGCUCUUACCUGAAUGACAUGAAGUGCUCUCAUCAUCAUUGUCUUUUUUUUUUUAUUAAUUUGUAACGCAUGUUGACAACGAACCGUCAAAU